AUGAGCACCAAAAGAAAAGGCCCCCCUUCCAAAGCGACAAAUGCUGUGAAAAGGCAGAGAGUCGAUGUCCCCGAUUACCACCUCACUCCUUCAGUUCAUGAGCAAGAUGGCUCAGUCCAAUGGCCCGCUCCCAAGGCGCAGAUUGAGACGGCCAGGAACAUCAUUCUUUCUUGUGCCGACGCUGGAGAGAGCACGCUGAUCGUUCCCGACAAAGAUGCCGAUGGCCUGUCCUCUGGCGCAAUCCUCCGUCAUACUCUCAUUCUCCUCGGUCUCCCGACGGACAAGAUCCACGUGCAUCUCCUCUCCAAGGGCAAUACUGUCCACACGGAAGAGGAGAGGGCAGCCAUGGCUUUGCACCGCCCGCGUUAUAUCUUCGUCCUCGAUCAGGGCAGUCGAUCCGGCCCCCCGGUUGUAGACCAAGAGCACGUCGCUCUCAUUAUAGAUCAUCACCAUGCCACCGACACCAGCUUUCCCAAAGAUGCCCUCCAUGUCACCGCCUGCGACUCGCCGCCCGUUGCCACAUCGUCACUGCUCACAUACCUGAUCUGUCAGCCACUGCAUCCAAAAGUCGAGGAAACGUGUGACUGGCUGGGCGUGGUCGGCACGCACGCCGACCUAGGCACAACGAUCAAAUGGGAACUUCCAUUCCCAAAUAUGCAGCAGUGCUUCAAAACCUACUCCAAGAAAGUGCUGAACGAUGUCGUCGCUCUUAUCAAUGCCCCAAGACGCACGGCUCAACGCGAUGUCCGCUCGGCUUGGGAUGCGCUCUGCGAUACUUCUGACCCUCGCACAAUCCUCAGAAAUCCACGUCUGCUCCAGGCGAGGGAAGAGGUAGCCGCGGAAGUGGAGCGCUGCACUCAUGCCGCUCCCAAGUUCUCUCCAGACGGCCGCAUCGCCGUUUUCCGCAUCAAAAGCGAGGCCCAGGUUCACCCCAUCAUUGCAACUCGUUGGGCUGGCCACUUGACCAGCAAGAAUCUCGAGAUGGUUUGUGUUGCGAAUGAAGGCUACCUUCCCGGAAAAGUCAAUUUCUCGUGUCGGAUACCACGAUGUGCGAGAAGCAAGGACCCGCCGGUGGAUAUCAUUGCGAUGUUGAAAGAAUACGCCAGUUUGCCCGGUCCAACGGGCGAGGAGGCAAACGUCGAGAGCGGCGACAUUGACAGACCGCCUCUGAUAGAGCGGCUCGGGGAAGACUUUGCACGCGGGCACGUACAAGCGUCGGGCGGGAUAGUCGAUGCAGCAGAGUUCGAGGAACUGAUGUGCAACAUGCAGAUCGGUGUCAAACCACCCAAGAAAGACACUGAGAGUAGCCCGAACAAAAAGACGAGGGUGGGGGCGAUUGACUCGGGACAGAAGAACAAUCUGAUGAAUUAUUUCGGCAAGACCGCAACAGCGUCCAAUUUUACAUAG